AUGACACCCAGAAGAAUACCGAAUUCCGAAGCCGACCUCAGUCGUCAAGAUAGACAUUUCGAGCCAGAUAUCCUUGCGGAGCUACCCGAUACUGUUUCAGAUCAGCUCCCAAGCGUGUCCCAGCGCAGGUCUAACUUACCACGUAUUAUCGAUUCCAAAGAGUCGAAUCAGAAUCGCAGUUCCAAUCCAGCAACUACAAACAAGGACCAACGAGCAAAAGAGAGAGUACGAAGGGUAGCCAAUAACGGUUCACGAGAAGAGCCCUUAUUAUGGAUUGACGAUGGGUAUUACGAAGCAAACCCAUGGCAUGGCCGGAUGAAUAAGAAGCCAAUUUUUAGUCUCGGAGCACCUUUGCCACGUAAAGUCCGCUGGGCUAAGGAACCAGUUGACGUGCCUACUGGGUCUGUAUCUAAGUCUCCUGAAGACCUAGUAGAACUCGGCGAGGUCGACCUUGAUGGCGUAGGCGGGCUAAAUGUAGAGAGGCGGGAGAGCACGGUAGAGAGUGAGGACUCGGGGUUUAGAAGGACAGCUGCUGGGGUCACUCAUGGUGACAGAUAUAAUGAUGCCGGACAGCCCGUCUUCGAAUAUCAACCAGGGGAAGAGAACUCUACCCACAGAGAGCGUACGAAUAAUACGCACGAUACUAACAGAAGUAACAAAGAGGACCUACGCAAUUACGGAAUCGACAGUGAACCACUAGGCCAGCGGGAACAUGGCGACGUGGAGGAAGGGGAUAGGGACCCGGAUGAGUUUCGUAACUGGUGGGCCCGUAUACGAGCUAAGCAUCCUGAGCCAUUGGCUGAGUUUCUUGCGACAGGAAUAGCUGUGUUUAUGGGAUUAGGAGCAACCCUGUCUGUAAACCUCUCUGCUACCCAAGAUGUAAAAUAUGGUACCUAUGAAACUUCAUGCUGGGCAUGGGGCUUUGCUUGGAUGUUUGGCAUCUACCUUGGAGGUGGUGUAUCCGGUGCUCAUAUGAACCCAGCUAUUUCGAUUAGUUUAUCGGUAUUCCGCGGUUUUCCAUGGCGGUCAUGCCUCAUCUACGUGGUUGUGCAAUUCGUUGCCGGCAUUGCUGCCGGGGCUUUAGCUUAUGGUAUCUAUAGAGAUACGAUCAGAUAUGUCGACCCUACUAUGGCUAAUACGGCCAAAACCUUCUUCUCGAAUCCCCAGGAAUGGGUAUCGCUUGGCACGGCUUUCUUUGAUCAGAUUGUCGGUAGUGCAAUUAUGAUGAUUGCUGUUUUCGCUCUGGGAGACGAUCAGAACAACCCUCCCGGUGCGGGAAUGCACGCCUUGGUACUUGGACUUUUAGUCACUACCCUGAAAUUUACUCUCGGGUAUACAAUAGGAUCAGCACUGAACCCAGCUUCGGACUUUGGCCCAAGAGUCGUAGCCUGGGCAGCAGGCUAUCGAGGCCCGGAAGUUUUUCAAACAGGAUGGUGGUUUUACGGCCCAUGGCUUGCUACUCUGAUUGGAUCCUUCAUCGGAUGUGCCUUAUAUGAUGGCUUCAUCUUCGUCGGAACUGAGAGUCCGAUCAACUAUAGGAUAAAGGGUGGCGUCAAGAAGCGAACUCGAAAGAUUUUUGACUUUGCAAGAAGGAAGUGA